UAUAACUCAACUGAUAAUAAAUUCAAUAAUGAUUCAAUAUUAGACGUGAAUAGAAAUCAAAGUAAUUAUAAAAAUUAUAAGAGAGUGAGACGACAGACAAAGUCAACUAAUAAAGCAAAAGCAAAAAUUGAAGACAUUUGUGACAGCAAUGAAUGCGAAACUUAUGGUAAAUUAUAUAAACAAUUGAUCGACACGUCUGUGGAUCCGUGCCAUGACUUCUAUGAUUACGUUUGCGGGAAAUUCACCAAAAGUACAGUCAUUCCCGAGAAUAUGGUCUCAUUUGGUGCGCUGGAGAGGGCCGACGAAAAGGUGACACAAAUAGUAAAGCGGGAAUUGAGUGAAUCUCACAAACGGUGUGAUUCAAAGUCCAUUAAAUAUGCCACCAAUUUAUACAUUGGAUGCACUGAUUUUGCAAAACUAGAGUCUCGAGGAAUUAAACCACUAAUAAAUGCAUUGAAUUCAAUCGGCGGAUGGCCUCUAAUACCAAACACUGUAUUCAAUGGUAAAACAUACGAUCGUUUUCACGCCCUAUCUCUAGUGAUCGCCAACUUUGCCUUGAGUUCAAUCAUCGAAAUCGGUGUUCAGCCGGACAUCAGAGAUAAUAGAAAGAAUAUACUUUACUUAGGUUCGGCGCCGGACCUGUCCUUAGAGUGGAAGAAGCGCUGGAAUCGACGAAACCGGACACGUCUUAUGGUACCCAUCAUUCCCACCAUUGCUGACGACAAUAUGAAUUCAAUGGACGAAAUAAAAAUGAUCCGCGAGUUUGUGUUAACACAGUGUCUUAUAAUGGGAGCCAAAGACAGUGUUCGGACACUUCAACAAAUUGAUGAGUUGUUUAUGUUUUCCUCACGACUCGAAAGCAUUCAAACCGAAGAGACAAAUCUGGAUAUGGUUUACAACAAAAUGACUUUCAAACAGUUGAAUGCAUUGUCAUCUAAUAAAAUGGAUUGGGUUUCACUCAUCAACAAUAUCUAUCGCAUGAGUGGCACAAACGUGCGCUUCACUAAAGAGGAUCACCUCAUUGUCACUGAUAUUCAGUAUUUUACAAAAUUGCCACAAAUAUUACUGAAGACACCGAAUAGAGUUAUCGCAAACUUUUUAGGCUUUUCAGUCGUUCAGAUGUUAAGCGAUUAUACGAUCAAAAAGUUUAGGCAAAUGGACUUUGAAUUGCAGAAGUCGUUGACAGGCAUUACAACUCCGCCCGAAGACUGGAAACUAUGCGUUGAAUUAGUGGACGGCUUAAUGCCUUUCGCCACGAGUCGGAAAUACAUUGAAAAUAACUUUGAUUUGAGAGCCAAAAGAAAAUCAACAGAGUUAGUGAAUUACAUACAAAAAGCGUUUUACAAAUCGCUUCAAACGAAUCCAGUGUUGGAGAAGUCGACGCGAACCAUGACUUUGGCUAAAGUGAAACAAAUGACUAAAAAUGUCGGAUAUCCCGACUGGCUAUUUGAUGACCGCACUCUCGACAGUAUGUACAACUUGGAUAUGGAAUGCAAUAAAGAUAAAACAUUUGAAUGCAUUUUACACUUAUUGAAGCGAUCGGUUUACACAAACUUCAAGUCCAUUGAUGAGCCCGUGAACGCAACUUUAAACUGGCCAUUUGCGCCGACAACAGUAAACGCGGCAUACUUUCCAACAUUUAACUCGAUCAUAAACAAUACUAACUUUUACUCUAUUGUGCACAAUGUAGCUGUACCCGCUUCGCUAAUUAAUACAUUCUUUAACUGCGAUAACCCUUCGUAUAUAAAUUAUGCCACUUUAGGACUCAUAAUAGGACAUGAAAUAACUCAUGGAUUUGACAGCUCUGGCAGUCAAUUCAAUGAAAAGGGCAAUUUGGGCACCAUUUGGGACAAACCAACUCAAAGGAGAUUCAAUCAAAAGGAGAAUUGCUUUAUAAACCAAUACAACAAUUACUGUGAUUCCGGAUUUUGUGUGAGCGGUGAGAAUACAAAGACAGAGAACACUGCGGACAACGGGGGUCUCAGGAAUACAUUCAAAGCCUAUAAGAUGUGUAACCAUAACGGAGAGAAACCAAAACGGUUACCGCAUGUCAGCCAAUACACACCCGACCAGCUAUUCUUCAUAUCGUACGCUACGCUAUGGUGCGAUAAUAUAAGACCAGAAGCGUUGGAGAGUGUUUACGAGAGCGAUGAGCACAGCCCUCCCAGAGCGCGGGUCAACGGAGUGUUAGCCAACUCUAACUGUUUCGCCACUGCAUUCAAUUGUCCCAUCAAUUCAACAAUGAAUCCAAAAAAUAAGUGUGUUUUGUGG